GUUCUAUUGUACAAUCUGUUCAAGAGAGGUCUUGUCGUGUCGAGUGGACUACCGUGCCUUCACACUGCAUGCAGUUUACGAGUGUACGAUUUAGGCAUUUUAGGAAAGUUAUAUUGUGACUUGGCGAAAUCGGGAGGCCUGCAUCAAUGUCAAGUUAUGUGAGGUUAAACUAUGUAACUGUGGCUUGCUAACUAUGUGUUUCUCAUAACACCGAUGUGUAUGGCGAAAGGUUUGCUUACUGCUGGAUAGAUAGCAACUACUUAGCUAACGUUCGCUACCUGUACAACUAUUGACAAACGUUAGCAAAGUUGGCGUAAGUUGUCAGUAGAGUAGGUAGUUAGUACGUUUCUCGGGGGUCAAGCUUCACAGUAACUAUGUGUAGUUGCGACGAACUCUAAAGAUAAUGCGACGUUAAGUGGCGGCGUUUUGAGAUUUUCCAUCUCCGCUGCAUAUUUUCCGCCAUUCAAAGGAUUAACGUUUGCGUUACUUGCGAGCGAGCUAGCUAGCAUCGUUAGUUGCCUUGUCAGCGUAGACAUUAAAACUAGUUUAAAGAAGGAGCAAACAUCCGAAGUCAUCCAAUAUGAAUGGGUUUAGCACAGAAGAAGACAGCCACGAUGGUCCCCCUGCCCCGCCGUUCUAUGGUCAAAGCUGUUGUUUGAUUGAGGAUGGUGAACGUUGCGGCCGAUCAGCUGGAAACGCCUCCUUCAGCAAGAGGAUCCAGAAAAGCAUUUCCCAGAAGAAACUGAAGUUGGACAUCGACAAGAGCGUCCGUCAUCUGUACAUUUGCGACUUCCACAAAAACUUCAUUCAAAGUGUUCGUAACAAAAGGAAGAGGAAAACCAGCGAUGAUGGAGGAGAGUCUCCUGACCAUGAUGUUGAGGUGCCUGAGGUGGACCUGUUUCAACUGCAGGUGAACACACUGCGACGCUACAAGAGGCACUACAAACUCCAAACCCGGCCAGGACUCAACAAAGCCCAGCUGGCAGAGACGGUGAGCCGCCAUUUCCGGAAUAUUCCCGUGAACGAGAAGGAGACGCUCACCUACUUCAUUUACAUGGUGAAGAGCAGCAAGAGUAGGCUGGACCAGAAGCCGGACAGCAGCAAGCAGCUGGAAUGAGUGUCCCUGGGAGGCACUACAGCAAAACAAAAACAGUAGAGCUCUGCCGAGAGACGGCUGCCUUUGACUCCUACCCACUGUCUACAGAGUUGGGCAACGGUCUACAAGUCAAGAUGAAGGCUUAAAUACAACAAAAGAAAAGAAAAAAAAAAUAAAGACAAAAAAAAGAUAAUUCCACAUCCAUUAGGGUGAAGCAGUCUAGGGUAACUGCCUUAAGAAUAUCGAUAUUAUUUCGUAUCUAGCUUUGACUGUUAUCAAGAGUAAGAUUUUCCUGUGCCAAACCAUAGGGAAAGGAAAGAGAAAUGUCAACAGACAUGCUAAAGGUUUUAUAUAUAUAUACACACACAUACACAUACAUAUAUACUCAACGUGGAGGAGUAGAGGUGGGCAAAGAGAGCGGCUGGCUGGCUCGGAGUGCUAUAUGCUCUUCAACACUAUAGCAGUGUGCUUCUGUGUGUGUGUGUGUGUACAUGAGGUAGUGAGUGUGUGUGUGUGUGUCUUGAGUGUGUGUGGGUGUCUGAGCGAUUGCGUGUUCGCACAUACCUGCACCAGAUAGGUCCUUUUCUGAUAUGUCUUUUCAUUUGCUUAGGAACUAGUGGCAUGAAUAUAUAUAUAUUGCUUUGUCUUCAUGAAACGUCAGUACUUCUAUAUGAUGGAGUUUUUGUAGGCAAAUUAGAUUUACUGUAGAACUGUGUUCUGGUCAUUUUUAAAUUUAAUACUGAUGUGUAUCAUAAUUUAUCUUUGUGUUUUCAGCUGUAAAAUAGACCUUAGGUCACAAAUGUGACCUUUUGUUAAUGUGAUUAAAAUCUAUACAGCUCUCGUUAAAAAGAAAAUAAAUGAAUACAAUUUAAAGUAAAUAAAUAAGAUCUACUAUUCUGAUGUCACACCUUGACAUAGCCGUAAUGGAAUGCUGUUAAAAGUAUUGGCUGAGGAGACAGAGGGGACUAUUUAUAUACUAAUGAAGGCAAUGGCCAACACUGAGUCAGACACGUUGCUCUGACACCAGAACCAUGCGAGUCUGGGCUGGUUCUCAAAACCAGUUGCUCUCUUGGUCAGUAGAAAUCAUGUGGUUCCGUAAGUGAGUUUAAUUAAUCAUGGAAAAAACUCCCAAAAGGAAUGGUGCGCCCCUUCCUCCUUCCCUGCUCACGUAGACCACAUGCCAAACGCUGGCUUAACCAUUGGUGCCCUAGUACCUUUUUUUUAAUUAUUAGUUUGCAUUUGUUUUCACAUGUGCUAUUUUCCUUCGCACACAUGGCAGUGCUAACAUUUCACAGAUAGCUUAGUGUCACUGUGAGUUGUUUUUUUUUUCUCCCAACUUUUUAAUUCAUCUUUUUUUAACACAUUGAUUGUGCUAUGUUGACUUCCUUGUAGUAGGGCACCUGUAUGUAUAUGUCUGUGCAUUGGUUUAAAUAAUAAACUGAUUAUACACAGA